AUGUCUGAUCCCGCCAAGUCUGCAGAGAGUGUUCAGCAAGUGGAGCGCCCUGAAGGUGUUGCAGAGAUGAAGCCGAGCGCCGCUGUUGACACAGUUCACAAUGACGAGGCACUCAAGGUGCUCGAAGGCUACACCGGCGACUAUGAAUGGACAGAGAAAGAAGAGAAGAAACUCAGAAGAAAGAUAGACUGGAGAUUGAUGCCAGUGCUAUGCAUGACAUACGGUCUCCAGUAUUAUGACAAGGCCAUGCUUUCGCAGGCGGCUCUCUUCGGAUUGCGAACCGACUUGGACCUGACGGUCGGUGAUCGAUAUUCGAUGUCGGCCGCCAUUUUUUACCUUGGUUUCAUUGUCGGUGCCUAUCCGACUAUGAUUUUGGCCCAACGAUUUCCAAUUGAGCGAGUCGCCUCGGUUAUUGUCACUCUUUGGGGUCUCACCUUGAUCCUUACGACUGUAUGCAGAAACUAUCGCGACCUUUACGCUCAGCGGUUCUGCCUCGGACUACUGGAGAGCGGCAUCAGCCCAAUGUUUAUGCUCAUUGUUGGAAGUUGGUAUAAGAAGAACGAGCAAGCCAUGCGAAUGGGUAUUUGGUACAGCUGCACGGGCUAUGUUUCGAUCUUCUCUCCACUGAUCAACUAUGGUUUCGGCAAGCUCAAUGGCGGAGUCUCUUCGUGGAGAUAUAUGUUCUACUUUGCCGGGUCGCUGACAAUUGUCUGGGGUCUUCUCCUGUACUUUGUCCUUCCUCCCGACCCCAUUCGCGCAAAGGGCUUCAACGACAGAGAAAGAUACAUCUUGGUUGCCCGGUUGCGAAGCAAUAACUCGGGCGUGCGCAACACCCAUUACAAGAUGGAGCAGGUCGGCGAGCUUGGUCUUGACAUCAAGUUUUGGUUGGUUUUCGCCAUUGCAUUCCUCUGCAUGAUUGCAAAUGGACCCAUCUCGACAUUUGUUCCCAUCAUCAUCAACGGGUUUGGAUUCAGCACCCUUAAUUCCCUCUUGCUUACUAUGCCGGCGGGUGCAUAUGGAGGCACUGUACAACUCCUCAUGCCUUACCUGGCAUACAGGUUCAAGAACUGCCGCACUUGGAUUGUGUUUGGUGCUCAGAUGGGAACCACUCUCGCUGCCCUGUUGUUGUGGCUAUUGCCGCGGUCAGCCAAAGGUGCUCUUCUCUUUGCUGCCUACAUUUUGCCGUCAGUUGGAGGAGGAUAUGCCGUUCUUAUGGGCCUGCAGAUCGCCAACACUUCGGGCUACACCAAACGGUCAAUUGCUUCGUCCGGCCUUUAUAUUGGAUACUGCCUUGGUAACUUUGUCGGACCCUUGGUCUUUCGGAAGGAAGAUGCGCCUAAUUAUGCUCCUGGCUUCAUCGUUGUUGUGAUUACGUCUUUGGCUGCAGGAGUUCUCGGUCUUGUCUAUCGAUUUGUCUGCAUUUGGUACAACAACAAGCGUGACAAGGCAGGCAUCAUGGAGGGCUUUGACCACGCCUAUGAGGACGAUCUCACCGACAUGAAGGUCUAUGCACCUGAGAAUCAGUCUGACGCUGAGAAACAGGCAUUGAAGGCGUGCCUAGACCACAAGUACAGUCUCUCAAAUCCACAUGAGCAGGAUCUCCAGGAAAGCUUUGCCGAGACCUAUUUCGAAUACUGUUAUGCCUGGUGUCCAGUUCUGGAUUCAGACACCCUUGCCAGCGAUAUUGCGCGAUCCCCUCUCCUUGCAAAUGCGUUAGCAACUGCCGCAAGCAACGUGCAGCCUCCACUGGUGCCUUAUGAAGGACCGGCCGAGUAUUACAAGAAGGCACGCACAAUAUUUUACGAAGACGAAGAGGCAGAUGGUUUGACUACACUCAUGGCCGUUUCUCUAUUCUACUGGUGGGCUCCACGGCCCCCAAGCACAGUUCAUCGGCAUUCAUCAUGGUGGUGGACGUCCGUCCUCAUUCGUCAUGCGCAGCAAAUGAAUCUACACCGUGAGCCAACAGCGAGUCAAAUCGUUUCGGGCAACUUGAACCUAGGAUUACGAAGGAGAAUUUGGUGGACGGCAUUUGUAAGUGGCUUGGAAAUAACCGUCUCCCUCGUCAAGCCUUUUGCUAAGAAAUGUGCUAGGCUCGGGAACGUUUGA